AUGAAGGCGGUAAUUCUUGCUGCUGGCUACGGAACCAGGCUCCAGCGGGACGUCGCAGCCGACCGCAGCGGGCGCUUCGCUCACCUGGUCGGCAUCGCCAAGCCGCUUCUGCCGGUAGGGAACCGCGCUCUCCUCAGUCACUGGGUCCAAGCACUGACUGCCUCGAACGUGGUGGACGGCAUUUAUGUAGUGACCAACGCACUUUACCUGCCUGCUUUUGAAGAAUGGGCUGCAAACUUUCCAAAUGUCAGCAUUGUCAGUGACCAGACCAGAAGCAAUGAUGCGCGUCUUGGUGCGGUGGCCUGUCUCCAGCUGGCUGUGAAGCACUUUCAGAUUGAAGACCAUGUCUUUGUGAUUGGAGGUGAUACGCUCUUCCAAGAGGAUUUCAGCCUCGCUAAGCUCCAGUCCAGGUUUUUUGAGCUCCAAGUGGAAUGUGAGGACAACAGUGUGCUGCUGUCCUACCAGUGCAGAGACGAUGAAACUCACAAAUACGGAAUUGUAGAAGUUGAUGGUAAGCUUCGGGCUUUGAACAUGAAGGAGAAACCGCUGCCCACUGAGACCAAGUCAAGAAGAGCGUGUCCUUGUUUCUACGUGUUGUCCAAGAAAAGUCUCCCUCAAUUGGACAACUUCCUCCAAGACAAAAAAGAUGCUCCUAUGCAGGAAAAAGACGCCCCUGGAAACUUUGUGUCUUGGCUCAUUCCACGACAACCUGUGUAUGUGUACGAGAUUGGCGGCCGUUUCGACGUGGGAAACUUGCAGUCUUACAUAGACUGUGACCAGUAUUUUAAAGAAAAACUCCAAGACAUGAACUCGUACAUGGUGUAG